CAUCUGAACUCUUCAGAUGCGCACCGAAACAGAGACCGCCUAAGGCGUAUGUAGAAGGUGGUAUGUGGCUUACUGCAUGCCCGAUAGUGGCGUUUUGUGUUGUUUACCGAGUUCCAUGGCUGUUACAGCCUUGCGUUCACACUCGGCUCGCUCGCAUUAUCUCGCAGAUAUCCAUGUAGAUGUCCUAGUGUUUCCCGAGACUUUCUCCUAUCUUCAUAUGUUUUCUAUCUUUCAAAUUGUUUUCCCGCUGCGGGUUCAGAACGAUGACCGCUCGGCGUUCUGAAGUGCUGUUCCUCUUUUUCCUGUUCACCGUUUUCCAUGGACAAACGUGUGCGUUGAACAUAUCGUCGAAUCUUCAAAAUCGCACCGAUGACUACGGUCAGGAUUCGGAUAAACACGCGGAUAAUGCUACCUCAACAACACGCGUAAGUGGAUGGGUACAACAGCCAAACGGACGAGGAACCUUCGAUAUCCUAUGGACUUGUCUAGCCACGAUCGGGAUCAGCACAUACACCAUGUUGUGCUUGAAUAUACCAGCACCGAAAGAUUCCUAUGCAAGGAUUAUCGGCCGUCGACUUCUCUGGAUGCUCCUCGGCAUUCUCGGUCCUGAGUUCGUUCUCACAUACGCCGCCGGCCAGUGGAGUAGAGCGAAGUGGUCCGUCAAAGCAUUUCAAGACUCCGGAUAUGGCGACUGGCACAUGCGACAAGCCUUCUUCGCAGAUAUGGGCGGCUUCGUGCUUCAUACACAGGAUGACAGCAAGCCAUUUCCUUUGAACGCAGCACAGCUCCACUGGUUGGUUCACCAUAAGUACAUCGAGUACCCGACGAUAUCCAAGCAAGAGGUGUGGGACAAAUCGAAGCAGGACACAUUCACAAAAGUCGUGACCGCCUUCCAAGUCAGCUAUUUGAUCAUCCAAUGCACUGCUCGAGCCGCACGAGGACUGGACAUCACCACACUAGAGCUCAACGCACUGGCCAUUGUGGUGUGCUCGCUGAUGACAUCGUAUGCCUGGCUACACAAGCCCGCUGACGUGCACACUCCGGUGCACAUAUACUCGACAAAAGCCCUGAAAGACAUGAUAGGGAAUCUGGAUUGGGAACUUACUCCACUUGACCACGUCGAUCUCAAUGGACCCGCAUACUCAGUAAAUGUACAGCCAUUCAUGAAGAUGCCGGUAAUCCCGCCCGAGCGGCCGAUACAACGCAUCCCCAACGACGGAUUUCCGAUGAACCCGUAUGGCGUACAAGAAUACUUGCUGUGCUUCGCCACCUUGCUGUUCACCGGAAUACAUGUGGCGGGGUGGAAUUCCGACUUCCCAACGGCCGUCGAACGCCUGCUGUGGCGCAUCUCGUCACUUGUUCUAUUCGGCAUCACAGUUGCCUUCUGGGUGUUCGAGACGGUUGCGUCAUGGACAAGAUUGGGGCGCUGGAGAAUUUUGUAUCUGUAUCUCGUCGACACAGAAGGAUUGGAGAAGCAUCGAACAAGAAUGAAGCGAAGACAAACCUUGCAACCCAAGAGGAAGAUGUCUGAGUUACCACUGACUUGGGAAUUUGCCAUGAUAGCGCCAAUGGCGAUUAUAUAUGGUGUAGCCAGAUCAUAUCUGUUUGUCGGAGCCUUUGCUGAGUUAAGAUGUGCCAGUGCGACCGCGUUUGUGAGCGUGGAGUGGACUGAUUUUAUACCCAACAUCUAAGGCGAAUCACACUCAGCCC